CUCACCUGUUGCUGCAUUGCCUUACUCUAGGUCUAGUCGCAGAAGGACCCAAAGUCCUUGUUUCCCUCCUUCACCUUCCAGACUCUCCUCCGUGGCACUGACCUCACACUGCUCCCUGGUACCUGCUCACUAGAGUCUGCGGCAACCUUUGAUCACUCACUGCCUUGGUCCAAAACACUCAGUCCGGAAACACUUUCCCAGCCUACUGCCUUUCCUCUCUCGAGGACUGAGGCCUGACGACACUUCUUUCUCAUCGUUGUAUCCACAUGUGUAUCAGCUUAAUCGACGAUGCCGUUUCCCAGCCUCCGCCGGCGGACUGUCAACGAAGCGGUCCAACUGCCCGAAGAACACAAGUCUCCCUCGCCUUCACCACGAGCUCGUUCGGCGACCGUCCCUGGCCUGACCCCCCGCAGAAGCUUAACAUCUCUCAUCGGCUCGGUCAGGAAGAGAGGCAAUACAAGCCCCUCGCCGAUCAAACCUCAGCAUGAUGUCCUCGAGCAGGAACUAUCCUCUGUUUACGAUGCCUCGAUUCCCGACGACGACCCUUUCAGAGCUGGCCGAAGUUCCUCUACAUCGGACAAAUCUAAGCGGUACUAUCGGACACCAAGCCCUCAUCCUCUCAAGCUGUCAGCCGCAUCCUCUCUAUCGAGAUUGUCUAAACUGAGCCGGGGCACUCCGAGCAGCAAAUACUCAGACUCGUCUCAGGCGGGAUCACCUCCAAAGACCUUCCUCGAGACAUUAGCUGACGCUAUUCGGGCUCCGACUUCAUUGUUUUACAAGGAGAAUAGGAUCAACUCAAAGACUGAGGGUACCAAUACAUCAAUCAAUAAACCUCAUUCCCCAGGGAAGAGUGUCAGUCCAAAGAAGUCGGUCAGAUUCAAGCCUGGAAAGUCACUUAUCGAGGAUGAACCGAGGUCUUCUCCUAUCGAUAUACCCAGAGCAACGCCUUCUUUGCCUCCUGUUCAGCUAGCGAGCACGCCUCUUCUCCAAUACUUUGGGACUGACCACCCACAUCUGAUCCCGACUGGCAGGCCUCCCCCUCCACGAGUACUGAAUUCCACCAUCAAUUUCCGCCAAGCGAUGGCUGCAGCCCAGACAUCCAUCACCGAGGACGAGCUGCAGGAGGUCUCGUCCAUCAACACACCCGUGUCAGAACUUCCAUUGCCCUUGGGUGCAAUGGCCGCCGUGGAGAACCCUUUCAGAGACCCGGAUGAUGAGCGUGACAUAGAAAUCGAGCGGACCAUGCUUCAAGAUUACGAUAAUCAGUUUCCCGGCAGAGGAACAGAACCUUGUCAAUCCGCAGACAUCGUCAUUGACAAAGACUUCGUCGCCAAUGAUGAAAAAGUUCAAUGUCUGCCCGAAGGUAGCCCCACGACAGCAACGGUGGCAAUCUCUAGCUUGGGUUUGGUGUCGCAACCACGCAAACAUGAUGAAAGCGCAAACGAGCCAAAGCUUUCCAGCGAGAUCAGUCCGUCUGAACUGUUCAUCGAAGCCCCAAAUGUGCUCGAAGACGGUGCGCCAAGGCAUAAAUUCGACGUUUCUGCGGCUGCUCAAAGCGAUACGGACUCUGAUUGCUCCGAUGGACAAUCAGUUGUCUUAGCAGGUUCAUCGUUGAAGAGAGGUGAACAUGAGGAGAAAUGGGACGCAAAUCCAACUCAUGAAGAUAUUCGUCUCCGUUUCAAGCACCCGGAGUGCUAUAAGCCCACGAAGUCUUGUGAUACAGACAGUAUUUCAGACUCGAAUGCAAAUUCGCAAGAAAACAUCCGUGUAAAAGCAGGUAUCGCUCCAUUGCCAGAUUCGACUGCAGAAUGGAGUCCGUUUCACCUUCCGCCCUCUGCCACUGCUGAUGAGACAAGCGUGCAAUCAAGGAAGAAAGAGGAUUAUCGGCAUUCGACCUCCGACGAAGACCCAUACUUGUAUGUACCUGAGACUUUUCUUCACAACCCACCCUGGGUGGCAGAGCUCGCCCUUCGGUGCGAGAGACCAUUUCCGGAAAACAAACCGAGACAACUCUCCCCCUAUUUCCCUGGUCCUCGUAUGAAAAAAUGCGAGAGGUCAACGUCGCUUGCAGUAACUAUGAGUGAAAGCGAACCAGACGGCGGGGCAUUGUUGUUUCCUGAGAAUUCGGAGACCCAAAAAGAAGGGUCUGCGGAAGAUCUGGGCAGCUCCAAAGCCAGUCCAUUCUGGCCAACGGUACCUCGUGUACGGGAUACCCCAUCUCCAGCAUGCGUUCCGCCGCCUUUGUCUAUACGUGCGUCAGCAAGAGCUGGUUACGGAUUACAUACCGACGAGUACGAGUCGUGUCCUUUCGAAGACGGACAAGAGACAUCAAACUGCGGUGACGGACGUGUUGAACAAUGUGGGCUCGACAAUACGACUGAGCCUGACAAGUAUAGUCUGGGCCGGAGCGAUUGUGUUGGCUCAGUAAGCACUCCACCAUACAUUCCUCGUGAUACAGAAGAAGAAAAGCUAGCCAGAGCUGCGGAGGUCUUGAGGAGAUUCAUACCUCGCAAAGCCAGUGGUUCGAGCUCCACGUAUGAUCCAAUUACCGAACCCGAACACAGACCUGUGCGCGGACAUACAACAAGAAUCCCUCGGUUGAAGCGUCUCAAAAGUCGAAGCUCAGAGACGGGAAGUGAGACCUUGAAUGCACGACCAUUGAAUCGGGGGAGAUCGACUACAAUCGAAAGCAAAUGGUCUGCAGGGAGUGAAACAUCUCAAGACAGUGGCUCUGGCGAAACCCUCAAGACAGCGACUUCUACAGACCCCGCCGAGGGUAUGGAGGAGGACGAACGAUUGUGCAAGGGCAUUGUUUGAUGAUGGGAGAUAUCAAGCCGAGUGCUGUGCCAGCUUCCGGAAAUUACAGGUAUUGCUAGGGGAAGUAUACCAUAUUGGCACAGACCCC